UUCAGUCAGUGCGGCAUCGUGGGAGUGCUUCAAUCAGAGGGCAGAAUGAGGAUAUGAUGCACGACAGUCAGGAGCGUGUGCAGGGCUGAUGAUAUCGGGCUGACAGAUCACAUCUCUCUGCAGGCGUACGUUUAAUGCAGUUUGUCGGAGGAGCUUGAAGUCUUUUUAGGUGAUGAGGGAGAGCCUCGAGGGCAUCAGUCUGCUGGAGGCGAGCUCACACUCUCGGUGCAGAUCAGGAUCAAGAUGAGCGCUUGCUGGGUGUUCGUGUUCCUCGUGGGCUGCAGAUUAUCUCAUGCCACUCAGUCUCCCACCUCUGAAUGCAGUGACCAGCUGAGAAGCGUCUGCGUACCCGUCGGAGCCAAUGUGACCGUGCCCUGCCCGGUGUCUGACAAUUCUGAGUCAAGCUUUAACCUCUUUCACGCCGACGAAAGGAUUUACAACCAUACGUGCAGCCACUGUCAUGCGGGCGUGGAACUGCACACAGAAAAUAAGUCGGCCAGUUUCAAGCUCAUUGGAGUGAAUUCCAGUAGCUCAGGCAUCUACAGAUGUGAGGGCACUGUCAUGUACCCUCCUCCCCUAAUUAAACGAAAUAAGAGGACCCUGGUACUUAUAGAAGGACAACAGUGCAAUAAAGUCUGCCGUACUACAAAAGUUGAACAAAACUGUGGAUAUCACUGGAUUUGGAUUUUGACACUUGUCAGCACUUAUAGCAUAACUAUCACCAUCGUUGCCAUCUCUAUCUGGAUCAAACUGAGAAGGACAGACUCCCAGAGUGACUACAUGAACACCAAACCCAAACCGCCCAGGGACCGCAAGAAGAAAAGAGGGGUUCAAAAUCCUAUACCACGACACUUCUGAUUCCCUGUGCAUCGUCUGACCCUUGUGUAUGUCCUUUGUAGUAGCUGGACACAUUAUAUUGUGUGUGAGUGGCAUUGUGUUUGUCGGUAGUUUUGUGUCUACACAGCGAAAGUAGCAGUUUCUUUUUACAGUUGUCUUUAAAAAAAAAAUUAAAUUAAACAGUUUUGGUUUUGCUCAGUUCCUGUUUCACCCACUCA